AUGCCAACUAAAAGAUCUCCAUCACCAUCAACAAGCAACAUCACUAAAAAGCUAAAACUAAAUAAUCAUUUAGAUUUUAAUUCAUAUACAAAUUUCCAAUCAAAAUAUUACCCAAAGCAAGUUUCAAUUAAACAUGCAAAUCAAUGGAAUAAUGGUGAAAAAUCAAAACCAAUUGAUUAUUUUAAUAAAAUUUAUUCCAAAGGACCACCAAAAUUAAACCAGGAUGAAAAAUUCUUGGUCCAUCUUUUCAAAAAUGAUUUAAGAAUUCAUGAUAAUACAUCAUUUUAUAAUUGUAUUAAAGAUUCUCAAAAGAUUAAUGCUAAUCCAAUUGGUAUUUAUAUUAUAUCAACAAAAUUUUGGAAUUCUCAUUUAGAAAGUUCAUAUAAAAUUGAUUUUAUUUUAAGAAAUUUAAAAUCUUUAAAAGAGAGUCUAUUAAAAUUAAAUAUUCCAUUAUUCAUAUAUUAUUUUGAUGAUGAUAAUAAAUCAAAUAAUGAAUUUGUAAAAUAUCUUGAAUCAAUAAUGACAAACUUGAAAUCCAAUACAAUUUAUUAUAAUUUAAAUUAUGAAAUUGAUGAAUUUAAUAGAGAUUUAUUAAUUUUGGAGAAUUCUAAACUUGAAUCUCAUAUUUAUCAUGAUCAAUGUAUUGUACCACCACAAGUUUUAACAACAUUAAAAGGUACACAAUUUUCAAAAUUUUCACCAUUUUAUAAAAAAUGGGAUGAAUAUUUGAAAACCAAUCCAAUUGAAUUAUUAGAAUUAGAUUUCACAAAGGAUAAGUUUUCAAAAUGGGAUUGGUCCCAAAUUUCACAUGAUAAUACUUUGGAACAAAAUGAUUUAACAUAUAAUCAUUUUAAAUUAAAUUCAUUAAAAGAUUUAGGAGUUUCAGAUAAAGAUAUUAAGCAAACCCAAGAUUUUUAUAAAUCUGGUGAAAGUGAAGCUCAAACUCAUUUAACCAAUUGGUUUAAGAAAAUUAAAAAUUAUCAAUCUAACAAGGAUUUCCCAAGUGAAAUUUCAACAUCAAGAUUAAGUCCAUAUAUAACCCAGGGUGUUAUAUCACCAAGAUAUAUUGUCCUAGAAAGUAUGAAAUUAAAUAAGGGGAAACGUGUUGGUGGUAAUACAGGUAUUGAUACUUUCAUUAAAGAAGUUGGUUGGAGAGAUUUUUAUAGACAUGUUAUGAUUAAUUGGCCAUUUUUAAUGAUGUUUAUCCCUUUCAAUUUUAGUUCAUUAGAUUUAAAAUGGUCCCAGGAUUAUGAGAAUUUUGAGAAAUGGUGUUUAGGUGAAACUGGAUUCCCAAUAGUUGAUGCAUCAAUGAAACAAUUAUUAAAUACUGGUUAUAUGAAUAAUAGAUGUCGUAUGAUUGUUGCAAGUUUUUUAACAAAAGAUUUAGCUAUAGAUUGGAGAAUUGGUGAACGUUGGUUUUAUAAUCAUUUAAUUGAUGGUGAUUUAAUUUCAAAUAAUGGUGGUUGGGGAUUUGCAUCAAGUACUGGUUUAGAUGCUCAACCUUGGUUUAGAAUUUUUAAUGUUUAUACUCAAAGUGAAAAAUUUGAUUCGAAAGGUGAAUUUAUUAAAAAAUGGUUACCAAAUUUAUCAAAAUUAGAUAAUGUUCAUGAACCUUAUAAUGAAAAAAUUGAUCAUAAAGAGGUGGAAAAAUUAACUAAUGGAUACCCUAAACCAAUUGUUGAUAGAAAGAAGGCAAGAGAAGAAACUUUAAAUAGAUAUAGAGAUGCAUUAAUGUGA